CCACAACCAACCAUAGCUGCAGAAAAAAAUGAAGAACUUAGCAAGUAUUGGGAGCAGUGGGCAGCUGUCGACUGAUGACAAUGACAAUGAGGAGAUCUCAAAAAUGGCGAUCACUUCGCUUCUAGCAAGAGAAGACGAGAUUGAAAGGAAGAAGGUGGAGGUGAGAGAAAAGGUGGAAUUUCAGCUCGGCCGUGCUGAAGAGGAAACCAGGCGUUUGGCUCAAAUUUGGGAGGAGCUGGAAAUGUUGACAGAUCCCAUGAGGAAGGAAGUUGCGAUUGUGCGCAAAAAGAUCGAUGUGAUUAACCGCGACCUCAAAUCGCUUGGACAGAGCUGCCAGAAAAAGGAGAGAGAGUAUAAAGAAGCAUUGCAGGUUUUCCAUGAAAAGAACAACGAAAAAGCUCAACUGACAACCACUUUAGUAGAGAUGGUGAACCAAAGUGAGAAACUGAGGAUGAAGAAACUGGAGGAACUCAACAAGAUUAUAGAUCCUAUGCGCUGAAGUGUGUCGACUACUUAUUGGCUAUUGGAUUGAUGUUCUCAGCUUAGAAUUACCUUUUAAUGUCGUCUUGAUGGAAUGUAAUCACCCUAACUAAACUAUUUAUUUGUUCUUACAACAGCUACUAUGGCUAUGUAUCAAUAACAUCCUCGGAUCAUAUCAAGGGAACUACUAAAAUUUUAAAUGAUGUAAUGUCAUGUGCCAG